UCUCGGAUUACAUUCUAAAAGUAAAUCAUUCAUAGCCAAAAAGCUCCGUUCUCUCUCUUGCCCAGAAAGGGCGAUUUCAGAAGCCACGGUUAUCUCUCUUAUCUCUUCAUAUUUUCCAGAGAGAAAGUCGAUUGCUCUCAUGUCCCUUUCUCCGUCGUCCGGAGUUUUUCGGCAAGGCCGUCCAAAUGGUUUCAAUUGGCUUUAGCCCGACAUCCAUGGAUGGUUGGUCGGUUUCUCUUCCGACAUCUUCCGGUUCUGUUAGCGGAGAUGGUUGGCUUUCGCCCGGCAAAUUCUGCUCCCACAUGAGUUUUUGGCCGGUUUGCUGUUUUUCUUCCACCGCAAAUCAGUUUAAGACUGAGUUCUAAACGUUGUUUCUCUUGUUUUUAGUUUCUUAUAGUUUUUUUUAAUAAAUGCUUUAGAUAUGAGUUGGUGAUGAAUCUUUAGGUUUGAGGUUUUAGAGUUACAAGAAUUAUUAAGAGAUGGCGUCCUUGGUUGAAGAAACGAAGAAUUUUCCGACGCUUAUUCGGAUAUUCUUAUGCUGUUAAAUUAUAUUGGAGCUUCGAUGGUUUAACUUCGAUGAUUACCAAAAGAAUCACAAUUCGAUUGUUAUCGACGCUGAUUCUCUCACCGUGAUCGGUGCUCAACGGCAAAAGUUGUUAUCGGAAAUCUUCCGAUUACUUGUCUAAUACGUGUUGAGGUUAUAUCCUCUUGAUGACACGUGGUUUCAGAUUGGGUCAAAAGUUGAUAUUUCUUCUUCAGUCGGCAUUGUUACUAUGGUAGGCUCUAGGUAGGGCCUCAACUUUCUGUAAUCUCUUAAAAGGCCUUUAUUUUGGCUAUGUAUUGUAUCGAAUGUUUAAUAUAAUGUUACAUUUGUGAAAAAAAAGA